GUCACUUCCUGUAAACAAAGCAGCAGUUGUGUGUCAGUCAGUUUCCCGUGUUUUCGCUCAUUUUCGACACCGACUUCAGCGUUUUUCUGCGAUGGCUCAAGCCGGACUCGUCCUGGACCGGGACCAGUUCAACUGUUCGGUGUGUCUGGACGUGCUGAGGGACCCCGUGACCAUCCCCUGUGGCCACAGCUACUGCUCGGUCUGUAUCCAGAACUACUGGGACCAGGACGACUACCUUGGGAUCUUCGUCUGCCCGCAGUGCAGGCACAACUUCAACCCGAGGCCGGUGCUCGCCAGAAACACCAUGUUGGCUGACGUGGUGGAGAAAUUCAAAAAGACUGGACUCCAAGAGUCCCUCACCGCCUUUACCACGACACCGCCUGUGAAUCCAAGUUUCGCCGAGGCAGGCGACGUGGAGUGCGACGUGUGCGUCGGGAGGAAAAACAAAGCUGUGAAGUCGUGUCUGGUGUGUCUGGCCUCCUACUGCGAAGUCCACCUGCAGCCACACUACGAGUCUGCUGCUUUCAAGAAACACAAGCUGGUGGCGGCCUCCAAAAAGCUCCAAGAGACGAUCUGUGGCCGACACGACAAGCUGCUGGAGGUGUACUGCCGCACCGACAAGCAGUGCAUCUGUUAUCUGUGUCUGACGGACGAACACAAGGGCCACGACACGGUGCUGGUCGAGGCCGAGAUACAACACAAGCAGGGGCAGCUUGGUGACAUGAAGCAGACCUCUCAUCUGAGAAUUCAUCAGAGGGAAAAGGGAGCCCAGGAGAUCAGACAAGCCAUCUUCGCUCUCUCUCGUUCUGCUCGAGUGGCAGCUGCGGAAAGCGACGCCGUCUUCACUGAACUGAUUCGAUCGAUUGAGCUGAAGCGCUUCGAGGUGAGAGAGCUGAUGAACGCCCAGGAAAAGACCGCCGUCAGUCACGCGGAGCAGCUGCUGGAGAAGAUCCAGAAGGAGAUCGCCAUGCUGAAGAAGAUCGAGGACGAAUUGGACAAACUCUCCCACACUGAGGACCACGUCCGCUUCCUUCAGAGUUGUCAGUCUCUCCAUGCUCCACCCGUGCUGUCAGCUCUGCCUUCGGUCACUGUUGACCCCAACCUCGCCUUUGUCCCAGUGAUGACAGCUGUGGCAGAUUUUAAAGGACUGUUACAGGAGGUCUGCCAGGGAGGAUUUGUCAGCAUCUACGAGAAAGUGAGAGAUAUAGUGAUUGUAGGUCCUCCAAAUCCUGCUGGACAGCUGGACACAACACAGCCCAGUGAUGGAGAACCAGCAGUACAAAUGGAAGCAACACUGAUGAUACUUCCAGCUGGCCUCGAUCAAAGUCCUGUGAUCCCUCGACUGGGCCUCGACCAAAGUCCCGUGAACCCUCUCAACCCUUUUCUCACUCCUGUGCCCACCAUUGCCUUCUCACCAUUUGGCACCAAACUCUCCUCAGGAUCCAGACAUAGACACCUUCAGCGACGCUCUCAGCCGAGGAGGAAAUAGACUUGUAGUGGACAUCAAAAUCAACAUUUUACAUGCACCUACAUGGCCUGAAUGUCACAAUACCUCAGUGCUCUUCUCACACAAAUCUGUACUGACAUUUUAAAAUUGUAUAUUUAAUAAUUCAUCUCUCUGUAUUAAUUUAGUUGUUGUGUUUUCACAUGCAUCUUGCUUUAAAGUGCAGACUGGAAAGAGUAUUUAGAGCCACAGAAUAUCAUAGACAAUGCAUUUACUUAACGUAUUAAGGAGCUGAAGCAGGACUGAAACACUACAUGUUAUUUCAGUUUUUGAAAGGAAAUUGCCUUGAAACUCAGCCUGUUUUUGUUUUUUUUAAACACAGUUCUGCUUUUUAUAAUGUUUUAACACAGAUACAACACAUUCAUUUCACUUUACCAACAUGUAUAAUAAUAUAGUGGGAUUUCUGCAAUGCUGACAUAAAAAAAAAUACCCACAUA